GGCCUCGCCCCGAACGACAGAUAGCGAGAACAGGAACCGCAAGUUCCAAAAGCGGCAGACUAGUCCAGCGCUAGCUCUCACUUCAAGUCAUACGGUGCUAGAAGCGGAAGUGACAGCGACACGGCUCAGCACUUGUAAAGUCGCACGUUGCCCGAACUGCACACUCAUCCCGCGGCGAUCACCGCCUGCCUCACGUCUCCCCUUUCUCUAUCACUCUACUGAGUCGCUUCUGCUUCACUCUCUCCUAACCGAGCCGCUUCAACCUCCACCAUAUCGUAUUCUGGGUGUACGUGUACACGCUGCGUAACCCACCCAGGCACACGGUCCAUGAUUUGGAAUUUGCCAAUCCCUCGCCUCGAGCAGGGCGUCGCCGAUCCGUUAUGCGUUUCUUGCGUACUUUUUUCCAGAAGCUCGCGCCAUGUGAUGAUUUGCCCACGCCGCUCGAAACGCAUAGCAACGGGUAAAGAUGGAGAAACCGGGUCGCGAACCUUAUCUCGUCGUCAUGCUGUCGCUGCUUUCAACCACCACUCUGCAAUUGCCAUGUAUGUAGGCAAAAGGGGGGUUUUCUUUCAUUGCGAGAUGAUGGGCGUGCGUUCGCAUGCUGGAGCGUUGAACAAGUGCGGGCGAUAUGCAGGUCCGCCAGAGUGCGCACACGCACGGACGAGGGGCACGACGCAGGAACAAAGAACGAAGAACCACGGCCCGCAGCCCAGGCCACCAUCUCAAACAAGGAUGCAGGACUACGCAGGUCAGGAACGCCCAUACAUGACUCGUCGACGGAUCUUCCCCUGCCACUGCCACACAACACAGUUCUGGGCCUGAUGAUCGCUCAGCACAGCACCUGGCUGUAAGGAAUUGCUCAGCAGAGAAUGUCCUCAAUCGGCACUCCGUAAGUCAGCUCCCGCGAAGGAAAGAGUAGAAGAGAAUAUCUGA